AUGGCGUUUUCUACCCGAAGCUCCCAGUGGGGUACAAGCACCCGCUUCCACCCCACAGCACCCAGUGUCAGCGGGUUGAAUUCCCGGCAAACAGCCAUUCAAAGGCUUCAGGCACCUAGCGUCUACGGGGGGGCUGGCGGCUACGACACCCGCAUAUCCACCAGCACCAGCUACGGGCAACGCUUUGGGGGUAACUUCCAGCUGAGUAUUAGUGACAAUGAUGUGCUGCUCACUGGCAAUGAGAAAUCAACAAUGCAAAACCUAAAUGACCGUUUGGCUUUGUAUCUGGAGAAGGUACGUUCACUAGAAAGGGCAAACUCCCAGAUUGAAAAGCAGAUCAAAGAGUGGUAUGAGAAGAACACCACAGACAUAAGGCAUGACUAUAGCUCAUACUUCAAAACCAUUGAAGAGCUCCAGAAUAAGAUUGGUGCUGCACAGUUGCAAAACGCGAGGCUUGUUCUGGAGAUUGACAAUGCCAAACUGGCUGCUGAUGAUUUUAGACUGAAGUAUGAGAAUGAACUCCUGCUCAGGCAGAGCGUCGAGAGUGACAUUAAUGGACUGCUCCGAGUUCGUGAUGACUUGACUUUAACAACAUCUGACUUGGAGUCCCAAAUUGAAAGGGUGAAUGAAGAACUGAUUUUCCUUAAGAAGAACCACGAGGAGGACGUCGAGAGACUGCGCAAACAUGUGGGGGGCUCAGUUAACGUAGAGGUGGACGCUGCUCCAGGCGUGGAUCUUGCAACUAUGAUGGAAAAUAUGAGAAAGCAAUAUGAAGAAAUGGCAGAAAAGAACCGUCAAGAAGCCAAAGAACAGUUUGAAAAGCAGACAGAAGAACUGAACCAGGAAGUAGCAAUCAGCGUUGAACAGCUGCAAGCCCAGAGGAAAGAGGUCACGAACCGGAGACAGAUCUUCCAGGGGCUGGAGCUGGAAUUACAGUCCGAGCUUAACAUGAAAAAGGCUUUAGAGGACACUCUGGCUGAAACUGAAGCCCAUUACAGUUAUCAGCUAGUCCAAAUACAGGAAACAGUUGCCAAUUUAGAGGGCCAACUGAGGCAGCUCCGAGCUGACAUGGAGGGGCAGAAUACCAAGUACAGCAUACUGCUGGACAUCAAGACGCACUUGGAAAUGGAGAUUGCCACGUACCGCCAGCUGCUGGAAGGGGAGGACAUCAGACAUUUCCAAGUGGAUGUAUCUACAGCAGAGGUUGAAAAAGAAUCAAGUAAAAUUAAGAAGAUCAAGACAAUUGUUGAAGAGGUGGUUGAUGGCAAGGUUGUCUCCUCUCAGGUCAAGGAGAUUGAAGAGAAAAUGUAA